AUGCCUGUUAUCGCUAUCAACUCGUACGAUGAAUUUGAAAAGAUCAUAAACAGCGGAGAGGUCGUUGUAAUCGAUUUUUGGGCGACAUGGUGUGGACCUUGCCGAGUGAUUUCACCUAUUUUCGAGAAGUUUUCGGAUAUCGAUGAAUACAGCAAAGUCCGGUUCUACAAAGUCGAUUGCGACGAACAGGAGCAAAUUGCCGCGGAAGUCGGUAUCAGAGCGAUGCCAACCUUCGUGCUCUUUCACGAUGGGAUAAAGGUUAAGGACUUUACUGGGGCCAAUCCCCAAGCUUUACAACAUCUUGUUAGCUCAGGUGUAGAGCUUGUAUGA